ACGAAGAUCAUGGCAUCCGGUCCCUUCACUUCAUGGGAAGUUGAUGGGGAAAGAGUGGAAACAGUCUGGCAGGCUACAGUCCGUGGGGUCGCAGAGAGUCGGACACAGCGGAGUGCGUCACGGCAAAGGGGUGCGAGUCAUUCCUUAGGGAGAGAUGGCCUGAAUGUAAGUCAGCUCAGUUCUUCCCUCCCUCCGCCCCCGGGGCCCCUGGGGGACACAGACCCGGGCAAGAGCCUGUCCCAACCUCUGGCAGAGCUUCCGAGCUGAAAGGGAGCCAGCUCCCAGUGGAUCCAGAGGAUGUUCUGAGGAGAAGCCAGUUUCCCGAACACGGGGACACAGAUCCAACACCCCGGUGACCCCUGACACCCCGCCACCCCUGACCAGAACAUGCAGGAAAGCCAAGUGGCCAUCUAGCCCCCUGCUGCUAAAAGAGGAACCUUGGGAGGUUGAUUAAACAAAAAAGAAAAAAAAAAAACUGAGAGGCAGGCUACUUGCUUGAGAGGGAAUGUGGACUGUGUUAUGACAUUUCCUGUUCCUUGAGAUGAUGAUAACAGCUAGCUGGUCACUCAGAGAUGAGGAAGGCUCUGCUGCUCGGAGAUUAUUUAAAGAGAGAGGGAGAGAGAGAGAGCGUGUUCGUGCGGAGGACCAGAUUCAGCCGUACCUGCCAUACCUGUCCCCCGAAUCCUACAUCCGGAAGGGCACUGGGGGCACUCCCCCCUUGGGGAGCCUGCUACUGAGGUGUCUGGCAUUGUCCAGACUGCCCGCCACAUACCCCGGGCAGGCAGGACAGCGGCUCCAAGGAGCCCCGGAUUCGGACAGUUGGGCGAGAAAGAUCCAGCAAGUUGACGGACCGGUUUAGGUCCAGCUUGAGGUCUGAGGCAUGGUGGUCCUGUUGGAUUUCGUAAGCCUCCUGGUACUCCUGAACUCAGCAUGCUCCACGGUCCUAGCAGGGGACACGGAAUCUCCUAUUGUAAACGUGACGCUGGAUUCAAGGAAAAAAAUAUUAAGCUGGAAUACCCGGGGAAUCGUGACUCGGCAAACAUGUGCGAUCGUCACGCCUCUCGAUCCCGAGGACAUCAGCCCCAACCUACAGGUCAGAAACAACGAUAGCUACUUCUGCACGUUUCCCAACGCCGUCCUGCACCAGGGGGCCACGCUGACCGUGAACGCCACCUCUGAGGGCCGGGAGUUCUCGCACCAGCUGACCUUUACGAACCCAGGCAAGGAGGGCUCCGGAGCCCAGAACCUCUCGUGCGUCAUCUACAACAUCCGAUUCAUGAACUGCAGCUGGACACCGGGCCCGGCCGCCCCUGCAGACGUGCAGUAUCAGCUCUACACAUGGACGUCUCUGCACGGAAACGUGUCCGAGUGCGGCCACUACAUCCCUGACUCGGCCGGGACGCGCGUGGGCUGCCACUUCGACGACCUCGGCGAAGGCCGCACCACAGACGAUUACUUCUUCCUGGUGAACGGAACCAGCAGCGACACGGACAUCCAGUUUUUGGACUCUCCUCCCAUGAACGGCCCGAGGCUGGAAAAGUAUAACCCGCCCGCGAACCUCACCGUCAAGGACAACGUGUCCCAUUACGUGAUUCGCUGGGACGCCCCCGCCAUCAGAUACAGCCUGUCCAAUAGCGUCUUGUGUUACGCGCUGGAUAUCCAGAAGACGGGCAGCUUUUCUAAGAGAGAACCCGUUUUUCUAAGCAGACAACAUAAAAACGAGUACAGACUGCCCAGCUCUGACGUGAGAGGAGAGCACACCGUCCGCAUGAGGGUGCAACACGUGCAGUUUCAAAUCUGGAGUGAGUGGAGCUCCACGCACCGUUUCGGCGUCCCCGAGAAGAAUUUCCUGAUGGUCUCGAUCGGGCUGGCAGUGGGGGCCGCGGUUUUGUUUGGCAUGGCCGUGAUGUUCCUCUGUAAAAGGUUCUCCCUGAAGAAGAAGCUGUUUCCGCCCAUCCCGCGGGUGAAGCAGGAACUCGCGGGCUCGUUCCUGGCCAGCCUGGAGGAGACGGCCUCGUGCGGAGGCCACCCGCCGUCAGCCUCCCAGGACCCCGAGGACAUCUUCACCGUGGAGGAAACCCAGUCGUUGGCGAGCGGACCAGCGAAGAUGGUAGGCCCAGCCCCAGACCCCAACCCUUACGAAAACAUCCCUUCUGGGCGUCGUCUGCCCAACCACUGAGACACCCAACCUGAUUCGACUCGCCCGCCGCUCGCCGUCCGAUCCCACUGCCUCAGCCUCUGCUACGUCGUCCCCCCUGCUUCCCCACCCGCUGGCCACCGCUGCACACGCCUUUCCCAGCUGCGGGAGGGUCCCGCCACCAGCAGCCGUCGCCCAGGUGUGCCCCGUCUGUGGGUGAGGGUCCUGGCAGAGUCCGGCUCACGCUCUGGUCCAGGUUCUCCCUGUGAAGAUGGGCACCGAGCUUGCCCGAAACAGCACAGACAUGGGGACGAAGAAAUAACGGGGUGUUCGGUCUCCAUGGGUUCGGGAAGAUGCCCUGGAGGAGGGCACGGCAACCCACUGCCGGAUUCUUGCCUGGAGAGUCCCGUGGACAGAGGAGCCUGGCGGGCUGCAGUGUGUGGAGUCGCAAAGAGUCGGACACGGCUAAAGCAAGUAAGCAACAAAAAAAAGGAACAGCAUGUUCAUCCUGGAGCCGGCCCGCGUGGGUAAGUACAGGACAGCGUCAGCGUGGUCUCCCUUUUGGGGACGGGUUUCCCAUUAGACACUUCUGAACCGAACUGAAGUGUGCCAGCUAACCAGAUAACCUGGAAAGCGACGGAGGCUUUAAGAGAAAGUGAGCAAGGUUCUCCCGAUGAAUCAACUGGCCUCUGUCCGUUUUUCGAGCGACGGGAGCAGACACAGGAUGAGGACGGAAGACGUCAGGCUGUGCACGAUCCUCUUCCGUGGCGUCUCUGGACAACCACACGGGGAAGCAUCUCGCUGGGUUCCAACCUCGUCCAGGAGGGACCCGACUCCCGGGCACAGCUUUCUCACACUCGAGCUGCCGGCUGGCGAUGCUAGAAGCAGAGACACCCAGCUCCGACACCGGGACCCCCCCCCCCACCCCGACUCCUGCUCCGAUUUCCCGGAAACACCGUGAGCCGGUCCCAAGCCAAGGCUACGGAGAAACAGGUGUUUCGCAAGAGACGGCGGCCGCUGCUAAGAUUUCAUCGCGAAGCUUCCGCGUUUGGGGUUGGCGCACCUCGCUCAGGAAGAGUGUCUUGUGAAACGCUUGCGGUGUUUCGAGAAGAUGGAGAAAGAUGAGGUCUUGGAAUCAGAGAAGGCGCCCGCUAUCUCUGUGGCCACGGAGCCUGCAGCCCCGAGAUAAGCCGUGCGGUCACCCCAGCGGGUCUCCGGGGCGAGGUACCGCCUGAGAUCACCGGCCGGGGGUGACUGCAGACCCCCCAGCUCCGGCCGGGAGUGGCCUGGUUUCGCAAAGAUCGGCUUCCCUUCCGGCCUCAGGUCCCGCUGAAAAUGGGCUUGGACCCCGGGACACGCUGAUCGACAGUAAGAAACGUCUCGGCCAGCAGCGAGUUCUGGGCUCCAGACGUGAAGGCCGGGUUCCAGAAACUUAGAUCCGCCGCUCUCCGUGGUGAUGGCCCCGGGGGCCGUGGGCCGGGGAAUGCAAGAAUCAGACAUCUGUCACUCCUGAAGCUGAACAAGGGAACAGCGUUGGCCCCAGACAGCUGAGAUGCACGUGAAUGGAAUGACCUUGGUGAGCCCAGAGGCUUGCACCUUCCCGUAGGUAGACCCAUCGGUUUGUUAACUCGAUAUCUGAUCUUUCAUGUCUAAACUGCCUGCUCCGCAAAAUUGUGUAUGGCUUGACUCCCCCUCCUGCCUCCUUGGAGCAGUUUUCUCAGAGUUCCUAAGAUGCUGUCUCCCAAGGCUCGGAGUCCUAAACAUGCCGGAAUAGAAAGUACUGUACUUCCAGGUCGUGACUGGUUUUUUUU